AUGAGCAACUCCAAUCUGAGCUACUUUAAUAGUCCUGCACUUGACAUGAAGAUUGUGAUGGGAGAUUUAAAUGCGAAUGUUUGCAGCGACAACUUAGGUUUUGAAAAGGCAAUGGGAAAACACGGCUGUGGAUCUAUGAAUGAGAAUGGGAAAAGACUCAUGGAAUUCUGCUCAUCAAACGAUCUGAUUGUAGGAGGAACCAUCUUUCCACACAAAGACAUACACAAGAAAACAUGGUAUUCACCAAAUGGAAGAGAUAGAAACCAAAUAGAUCACUUGAUGGUAAAUGGAACCUGGAGGAGGUCUUUACAAGAUGUCAGGGUAAUGAGGGGUGCUGAUGCUGCCAGUGGUCAUCAUCUUGUGAUGGCAAUUAUCAAAGUAAACUUGAGGAGAACUGGCAAAAAGAAGAACAUGCUACAACCACGGUUCAAUGUUGAACGACUUAGAGAACAGAAAAAGGAAAGGAAGUUUUGGAUAACUGAAGAAACAUGGCAGGCAAUUGAUAGACGGAAAGAGGUAAAGAAACAAGUCGUUACAGCAAGAUCGGACAGGUUAAAAGAGAAAUACAAAACCAAAUAUCAAGAGGCAAACAAGGGAGUACAGAAGAAGGCAAGGGCUAACCAGAGGGCAUUUAUAGACAAUCUAGCCAAUCAAGCUGAAGAGUCAGCUAAGAAGGGUGAACAAGGGAAGGUGUUUCAGCUCACUAAACUCAUUAGUGGCAAGUACAGAGGGAAUGCCAGUGCACCAAUUGAAGAUAUACAAGGGAAGCUUCUGACUACCGAAGCUGAACCAGACGUUCGUUGGGCAGAACAUUUCAAUGAGAUCCUUAACAGACCUCCACCAACAACACAAGCUGAUAUACAGGAAGCAGAAGCUGAUUUGGAAAUCAAUCUUGAACCACCUACAAGACAAGAAAUUUUAGCAGCAAUCAAGUCACUAAAGACUGGAAAGGCUCCAGGUCUAGACAAUUUGAAUGCAGAGUUAUUCAAAGAAGAUCCGGACUUGGCAGCUCAACUUCUUCUGCCUCUAUUCUCACUCAUAUGGGAAGGGAAGAAGGUUCCUGACGACUGGUCAGAGGGAAUAAUUGUGAAAAUUCAAUUCCAGAGAAGGGAUCUCUAA